AACGUGGAUGUCUCGAAUUGUAAACAGUUAUUUUAACGCGUUUUGUCUACAAUAUAUUGUUUAUUUAUUUAUAAAUUUGGCUUAAUUCAGUGAUUUCAGUUACAAUAUGGAAGGUUUUGAUGAUCCUGGUGUUUUUUUCUCUGAUAAUUUUGGUGUAGAGGAAAAUGAGAAUCAAGACCAAAUUAACCUGCAAGCAGUAAAGAAGAAAUUUAAAGAAUUUAUACGACAAUUUCAUACAGGAAACUUUAACUAUAAGUACAGAGAUGCUCUAAAACGGAACUAUAACUUGCGACAAUAUUGGGUUGAAAUAAAUAUUGAGGACUUGUCUAGCUUUGAUGAAGUUCUUGCGGAAAAGUUAUACAAGAAGCCAACAGAACAUUUACCAAUACUAGAAGAAGCAGCUAAAGAAUUAGCUGAUGAGCUGACUGCACCAAGACCUGACGGGGAAGAGAAAGUUGAAGAUAUUCAGGUGUUACUGUCUUCUGAUGCUCAUGCAUCUAACCUCAGGGAGCUAAAGUCGGAGACAGUAUCAAGACUGGUCAAAAUCCCUGGUAUCGUAAUCUCAGCAUCUGGUAUAAAAGCUAAGGCUACAAAAAUAUCAAUACAGUGUAGAUCAUGUAGAAAUGUGCUCCCCAAUUUGCCUGUUAAACCAGGUCUGGAGGGCUAUGUUAUGCCAAGAAAAUGUAACACAGAACAAGCUGGCAGACCCAAAUGUCCUUUGGACCCAUAUUUCAUCAUACCGGAUAAAUGCAAAUGUAUUGAUUAUCAGGUUUUGAAAUUACAAGAGUCUCCUGAGGAUAUACCCCAAGGAGAAAUGCCUCGCCAUCUGACAGUUUACUGUGAGAGAGUGUUGUGUGAACGAGUAGCUCCCGGUGCCCGGGUUACUGUACUUGGCAUUUAUUCUAUAAAAAAAAUAGCAAAAAUUGGGAGAGGUGGUCAAGACAAAGGAUCUGUAGGUGUGCGGUCAUCAUAUCUUAGAGCAGUUGGCCUAACUGCAGAAGAAGGAGUGACUGGUGGUCUUCGUCCGUUUACUACAGAUGAGGAGGAACAGUUUAGGAGACUUGCUUCUUCCCCAGACAUAUAUGAACGAAUUGCAAAAUCCAUAGCUCCGAGUGUAUUUGGUGCUAAUGAUAUGAAAAAAGCUAUUGCUUGCUUAUUGUUUGGAGGGUCGCGCAAAAGAUUGCCAGACGGAUUAACAAGAAGAGGAGAUAUCAAUAUACUGCUCCUGGGAGACCCUGGUACAGCCAAAUCCCAACUUCUCAAGUUCGUAGAGAAAGUUUCACCUAUUGGUGUGUACACAUCUGGUAAAGGUUCCAGUGCUGCUGGUCUUACAGCUUCUGUUAUAAGGGAUCCUGGAAGUCGCAAUUUCGUGAUGGAGGGUGGGGCGAUGGUGCUGGCUGAUGGUGGCGUGGUGUGCAUCGAUGAGUUCGACAAGAUGCGCGAAGACGACCGCGUCGCCAUACACGAGGCCAUGGAACAGCAGACUAUUUCUAUUGCCAAAGCUGGCAUUACAACUACUUUGAACUCAAGGUGCUCAGUCUUAGCCGCAGCUAACUCUGUAUUUGGUCGUUGGGAUGACACUAAAGCUGACGACAAUAUUGAUUUCAUGCCCACUAUAUUGUCGAGAUUUGAUAUGAUAUUUAUUGUAAAAGAUGAACAUGAUCAAAAUAGAGAUAUAACGUUAGCCAAGCACAUCAUAUCAGUGCACAUGGGUGGCGACACUGCGUCCCGGGAGCGCGCAGAGGGUGAACUACCUCUGGAGCUGCUGCGGCGAUACUCCGCCUACUGCCGCGCGCGCUGCGGCCCGCGCCUCGCCGGCUCCGCCGCGGAACGCCUCGCCGCGCGAUAUGUACUCAUGCGCAGCGGCGCCAGCCUGCACGAACGACAGAUCGACAAACGACUCUCCAUACCUAUUACUGUCAGGCAACUGGAGGCAAUAGUUCGUAUAUCUGAAUCUCUUGCGAAAAUGCAGCUGCAACCGUUUGCAACAGAAGCACAUGUUACAGAGGCGUUAAGGCUAUUCCAAGUGUCUACAUUGGAUGCUGCUAUGACAGGCAGUUUAGCAGGAGCUGAAGGGUUUACAACCGAAGAGGAUCACGAAAUGUUAUCGCGUAUUGAAAAACAGCUAAAGCGCAGAUUCGCUGUUGGAUCACAAGUAUCAGAGCAAACUAUUAUACAAGACUUCCUGAGGCAGAAAUAUCCUGAGAGAGCAAUCUUGAAAGUCAUACAUACAAUGAUAAGGCGAGGCGAGCUUCAACAUCGCUUACAACGAAAAAUGCUUUACAGACUUUCAUGAGUAACAUUUCCGUUUUUUUAUUAUUGUUUCAUCAAUAGUUUUAAUAUCUUGCUAAAAUAAAAAAUAAAACUACCAGUA